AAUUUAACUAGUUUAAAUUGUUUAUAAUAUAAUAAAGAUUCAUUCAUUCUGUCAUUAUUGAUUUUUCCGAAAUUUCUAGGGAAGUUCUAGGGAAUUCGAAAAUAAAAGUUUUAUCGGUGCAUUAACCUCGUUCCUAUUUCAGUUCUAUUGUUAUACUAUUGUAUAUAAAAAGAUUUUACGUAUUUUCUAUUUGCUAAACUUUCAUUAAUUUGAGUUUUAAAAAUUAAACGAUAAAACGCCAUUAAAUAAAUGACGUCACUUUUUCGCGAAAGUGGUUGCGACACCAAGCGAUUGUUGAGUUAACUAUGCGUAGAUGUGUUUACCGAUUGUCGUGGUAACGUUUUGUUAUGUUUAGAGGACGGUUUCGUCAUGUUUAAUGUGGUUUUAAGCAGUUAUGGCCAACAAUAGAUAUUGUGUAGAUUAUGCUAAACGAGGCACCGCGUCCUGUAAGGAAUGUAAGGAAAAAAUUGAUAAAGGAUGCUGUAGAAUUGGUAAAGUCGUGCCAAAUCCUUUUACUGAUGGAGAAGGUGAUAUGAAACAGUGGUAUCAUGUAGCUUGUAUGUUUAAGCAGUUAUCGAGAGCUCGAGCUACUACGAAGAAAAUAGAAAAGCCUGCAGAUUUAGAAGGAUGGGAAGAUCUAGAAGAAAACGAUAAAGACGAGAUACUUAAACACAUGCAACCCUCAAAGUCUCCUCCAUCUCCAAGAAAAAAGCAAAAGUUCGACGAUACAGUCAAUGCCUUUAGUUUAAAAAAAGAAAAUCCGAAAAUAGUUGGAAACAAAACAAAAGGCGAUUCUUUUAAAGAUUUUCGACGUUUAUGUGCUAAUAUUGCCGAAGAAUCAAGUUACCUAAAAAAAUCUCAAGCAGUUAGUGAUUUUCUCAAGGCAGAUCCAAAUAGAGAUCUUUAUCUUUGGGUUAAAAUGCUGUUACCAGCUGUAAGUAAGAGAAUAUAUAAUUUGCAAAGCAAACAGUUAGUAAAAUUAUUUAGUCAAAUAUUCGGAACAAAUCAAGAGAGUAUGCUUGAAGAUCUAGAAAAUGGAGAUGUUGCCGAAACAAUUAGAAUAUUUUUCGAAGAAUCUGCAAGUUGUCAACCGAUAAAAAAAAGCAACUUAACCUUGAAGGAAGUUGAUAAAUAUUUGGAAGAACUUUCGAAUGUGACAAAAGAAGAAGAACAAACUAAGAUAUUACAAAAAAUUACACAGAGGUGUACUGGAAAUGAUUUAAAAAUGAUAAUUCGUUUGAUUACUCAUGAUCUGAGGUUCAAUGCUGGACCUAAACAUAUUUUAGAUGGCAUUCAUCCUUCUGCAUAUGAAGCAUUUCAGACAUCACAUGAUUUAAAAUCUAUUAUUCAAAGAAUUAAUGAAGAAGGAAAAAAUGGAGAAUCUAGUCUUUCUAAACAAUUGGCAGUUUUGACUCCUGUUCUACCAAUGCUAGCCGAACCUUGUCGUUCUGUAGAAAAUGCCUUUAAAAAAUGCCCAAACGGCAUGUAUGCUGAGAUUAAAUAUGAUGGAGAACGUGUUCAAGUUCAUAAAAAAGGUAAUACUUUUACAUAUUUUAGUCGAAGUUUAAAACCUGUACAACAGCAUAAAAUAUCACAUUUCAAAGAUCACAUAGCUAAAGCUUUUCAACAAGGAAAAGACUUGAUUCUUGACUCUGAAAUUCUGCUAUUAGAUACAAAAACAGAUAAACCAUUGCCAUUUGGUACUUUAGGUGUUCACAAGAAGACUGCCUUUAAGGAUGCAACUGUUUGUUUAUUUGUGUUUGAUUGUAUAUAUUACAAUGGAAAAGAUCUAAUGGAUUGUCCUCUUAAAGAAAGACGAAAAAUUCUGCAAGAAAAUAUGGAAGAAGUUAAAGAUCACAUUAAAUUUUCUGAAAUGAAAUUUAUUAAAACUCGAAAAGAAUUAAAUGAUAUGAUGACAUCAAUAUUCAAACAAGGAUUAGAAGGACUUGUUUUAAAAGAUCCAUUGAGUACUUAUAAACCUGGAAAACGACAUUGGCUGAAAGUCAAAAAAGAUUAUCUUCAUGAGGGUAGCAUGGCUGACAGUGCAGAUUUAGUUGUUUUAGGUGCAUAUUUUGGUACUGGUAGUAAAGGUGGAAUGAUGUCAAUUUUUUUAAUGGGUUGCUUCGAUAAGACAUCCCAAAAGUGGUGUACAGUUACUAAAGUACAUGGAGGACAUACUGAUGCAGUUUUAGAAAAAUUACAAACAGAAUUAGACAUGGUGAAAGUUAACAAUGACACAGAUAUCCCUCAUUGGUUAAACGUUAAAAAAUCUUUAAUUCCAGAUUUUGUUUGUAAAGAUCCAAAAACAUCACAGGUAUGGGAGAUUGCAGGAGCAGAAUUUUCUAAAGCUGAAGCUCAUACAGCAGGAAUAUCAAUAAGGUUUCCUCGUGUUACUUUAAUUCGUUAUGAUAAAACUUGGAAAGAGGCAACAACUUUAGAAGAGUUGGAAGUCUUAUAUGAGAAGUCUAAACAAACUGCUGAUUUUGAAAUAUUAGAUAAUGAUAAAGAUAAUUCAGUAUUAAUGAACAAAGAAAAUACACCAAAAAAAGGAAUAAAACGACAUUGUUUGGAAGAUUCUAAUUCACCUAAAAAAGUGCUUGUAGAUAUAUUUACUAAUGUUAAGUUAUAUAUUCCUGAAGAUGUAGAUAAUUUUGAAACACUGAAGAGAUAUUUCAUAGCUUAUGGUGGCAUUUUACUUCAGAAUCAUGAAAUUAAAAAGUCAACACAUUUUCUUGACAUUGUUAAUUCAAAUCCACCAAAAAAUGCUAUUAUUAUUGUUAUUGACUGGCUAUGGGAUAGUAUUAAACUGCAAGAACGUUUACCUGUUGAACAAUAUAAGCCCAAUUUUUAAAAUAAUUUUAUCCUUAAAAAUUUUUGUUUAUUGAAUCCAUCAAAAUUGCAGAUUGAUCCAUAAAACUGAUUAUUUUUUGUUGAUUUUGAAAUAUGGAGUUUUGUAAAAUCAUGGAACUAAAUUAAA